AUGUGUACCGGUGCCGACUCCGAGCCCAAUGGGCAAGCUAAUACCGUUGCUCCCAACGGUGACCACACUGGUUUCGUUGGCAUUGAAACUCGCCAAAACCCCCACCCCUCCGCAUCCCGCAACCCCUACGGGCACGACGCUGGCGUCACCGAUUUCCUUAGCAAUGUCUCACGUUUCAAGAUUAUUGAGUCUACUUUGCGUGAGGGAGAGCAGUUCGCCAACGCUUUCUUCGAUACUGCCAAGAAGAUUGAAAUUGCCAAGGCUCUCGAUGACUUCGGUGUGGACUACAUUGAGCUUACCAGUCCCUGUGCUUCUGAGCAGUCCCGCGCGGAUUGCGAGGCCAUUUGCAAGCUUGGCCUGAAGGCUAAGAUUCUCACUCACAUUCGCUGCCACAUGGAUGAUGCCCGUAUUGCCGUCGAGACCGGUGUUGAUGGAGUUGAUGUUGUUAUCGGUACUUCUUCUUACCUCCGUGAGCACUCUCAUGGCAAGGACAUGACCUACAUUAAGAACGCCGCCAUUGAAGUUAUCGAGUUCGUCAAGUCCAAGGGUAUUGAGAUCCGUUUCUCCAGUGAGGACUCUUUCCGUUCCGACCUGGUUGACCUCCUGUCAAUCUACUCCGCUGUGGACAAGGUUGGCGUGAACCGUGUCGGUAUUGCCGAUACCGUUGGCUGCGCUUCCCCCCGCCAGGUCUACGAGCUCGUCCGUGUUCUGCGCGGUGUUGUUGGUUGUGAUAUCGAGACUCACUUCCACAACGACACUGGUUGUGCCAUUGCCAAUGCCUUCUGUGCCCUUGAGGCCGGUGCCACUCACAUCGAUACUUCCGUUCUCGGUAUCGGUGAGCGUAACGGUAUCACCCCUCUCGGUGGUCUGAUGGCCCGCAUGAUGGUCGCCGACCGCGACUACGUCAAGAGCAAGUACAAGCUCGAGAAGCUCAAGGAGAUUGAGGACCUCGUCGCUGAGGCCGUUGAGGUCAACAUUCCUUUCAACAACUACAUCACCGGUUUCUGUGCCUUCACCCACAAGGCUGGUAUCCACGCCAAGGCUAUCCUCAACAACCCCAGCACUUACGAAAUUAUCAACCCUGCUGACUUCGGCAUGACCCGCUACGUCCACUUCGCCUCCCGCUUGACUGGCUGGAACGCCAUCAAGUCGCGUGCCCAGCAGCUCAAGCUUGAGAUGACUGACGCUCAAUACAAGGAGUGCACUGCCAAGAUCAAGGCUAUGGCUGACAUUCGUCCCAUUGCUGUCGAUGACGCUGACAGCAUUAUCCGUGCUUACCACCGUAACCUCAAGUCCGGCGAGAACAAGCCCCUUCUUGACCUGACCGCCGAGGAGCAGGCUGCAUUCGUCGCCAAGGAGAAGGAGCUCCUUGAGGCUCAGGCUGCCGGUCUUGUGAACAAGCUGGUUGGCUACGGCCGGGUGUCCGGUGCGCAUCUGUCUGCCCUGAACCUUCAAGACCUUGUUCGCAACGUCGUAUUUAUUCUGUUCAUCCUUCGGUACACGCGCAAAACCUUCUACUCCAUCCGCGGCUAUGGUAUCCUCGGCAGUAUCCGCAACAUCUACAUCUCGCUCCGCCUGUUCUGCUACGGCAUUUUCCUGCGCGUUCCUGGUGUUCGCGGCCAGGUCGAUAAGCAAGUGAACACUGCGAUCACGAAACUCGAAUCGAAGCUGGUCAACUCCGGACCGGAUGUUACACGGUAUCUUUCGCUGCCUAAGGAGGGUUGGUCGCCGGAGCAGGUCCGCGCUGAACUUGACAAGUUGGCUGGGCUUGAACAUACACGAUGGGAAGACGGUCGCGUAAGCGGCGCUGUUUAUCAUGGAGGUGCGGAGCUGUUGAAGCUACAGGCUGAGGCCUUUGGACAGUUUGGUGUCGCGAACCCGAUUCAUCCGGAUGUUUUCCCUGGCGUACGGAAGAUGGAGGCUGAGGUGGUUGCUAUGGUUCUCGCCCUCUUCAACGCCCCCUCGGAUGGUGCCGGUGUAACCACCAGCGGUGGCACGGAGUCUAUUCUUAUGGCUUGCUUGGCUGCCCGGCAAAAGGCUCUCUUGGAGCGCGGUGUCACUGAGCCUGAGAUGAUUAUUCCCGAUACGGCACACGCGGCAUUCAUCAAGGCUUGCAACUACUUCAAGAUCAAGCUGCACCGAGUGCCUUGCCCCGAGCCCGAGUUCAAGGUCGACGUGCACGCUGUUCGUCGUUUAAUUAAUCCCAACACUGUCCUUCUUGUUGGAUCAGCACCUAACUUCCCCCAUGGCAUUGUUGAUGAUAUCCCCGCUCUAUCGCAUCUGGCCACCAAGUACAAGAUCCCUCUCCACGUUGACUGCUGCUUGGGAUCUUUCGUCGUCGCCCACCUCAAGAAGGCCGGCUUCCCCUCGCCCUACGAGGAAGAGGGUGGCUUUGACUUCCGCCAACCUGGUGUGACCAGUAUCAGUGUCGACACCCACAAGUACGGGUUUGCCCCCAAGGGUAACUCGGUCUUGAUCUACCGCAAUAAAUCAUACCGAAACAACCAGUACUUCAUUUACCCCGAUUGGUCCGGCGGUGUUUAUGCCUCUCCCUCCGUGGCGGGCUCUCGCCCUGGUGCUCUGAUCGCCGGUUGUUGGGCCAGUCUGAUGAGCGUCGGCGAAGCUGGAUACAUCAACAGCUGUACCGAGAUCAUCAACGCAGCACGGAAGUUCGAGACGGCCGUUCGAACCGAUGCGACUAUCUCACUACACAUGGAGGUCAUUGGUAACCCUAUCGUCAGUGUAGUUGCUUUCCGCAGCAAGAACGGUGCCAUUGACAUUUAUGAUAUCGCUGAUGACCUGUCCGCUAAAGGCUGGCACCUGAACGCCCUGCAAUCUCCGCCGGCUAUCCACUGUGCUUUCACUAUUCCAACUGCCAAGGCUGUUGACCAGCUCAUUGCUGAUUUGACUGAAGUCAUCGGCAAAGAGCUUGAAAAGGCCGAGCAGCGCAAGCGUGAGGGCAAAUCAUAUAUUCUCAACCGUGGCGAUACCUCUGCUCUGUAUGGCGUAGCUGGCAGCAUUCCCGACAAGAGUGUCGUUAGCCGUCUGGCAGAAGGAUUUUUGGACACUUUGUACAAAGCGUGA